CUCUGCUGGCCGAGGACUGGGCGGCGAUUGGCGUCCCGGGGCUGCUGGGAAGAUGGCGGGCUCGGUGGCCGGUCGAUGAGGAGGCCGCGGGGGGAGCUCGGCUCCCGGGCCCCAAGACCGACCGAGGGAGCGACCUGCGCGGGGCCUGGGGAGUCAUGUAGGGGCGGCCCCUGCGGGGCGGGCCGCGGGAGGGCUGCGGGAGUUGGUGUUGGCCACCGUGACCAGGUCUCUGGGGGGUCCCCGGCCUGGGUGGGUGUGGGGGCCCCCGACACCGCCGACUCCGCGCCUCUGCAAACCUGUGCACUCGGGCUCCACGGGCGUCCUCCGCGGUGGGCGCGGCGCGCGCGGUUCACAGGCGAGAAGGCUUAGGCAGGAGACGCAGCCGCUGGCCCAAGGUCACGCCGCUGGUAAGUGGGAGCACCCAGCGUGGAACCCAGGACCGUCCGGCGGCGGAGCCCGCGUGCCACCUUCUGCGCCGCCGCCGCCUCCUGCGGGCGGGGGAGGUGGUCUGGAAGGCCGGUCGCCGGGGCCGGCUGGGCUCCAGGCUGGGCGCAACCACUAACCGGAUUCGUGACCCCGGGCUUGCCUUCCCCCCUCACCUCUCUGGGUCUGGGUUCUCCGCCUGUGCGAUCGAGGUGACGCCAGCCCUGCCUGCGCCCCGGGGGCGUGUGCGGAGGACCGAGAAGAUAAUGCAUGUGGAUUGCUCUGUAAACGUCCCUGCGCCGGGCACACAAGGAUUAGGAUGGCUGUUCCCGGAUGGAAGGAGGCGGAGGGGCGGGUGGGGAAGAGGACCAGGGCCGUCGCAGAGAAGGGGUCUCCGUCACCCAACUCCAUGCUUCGAGUCCUGCUUGCUGCCCAGGCCUCUGCCGCUCAGCUGUCUGGCCUGCUGCUGCUCCCGCCGAUACAGCCCUUCUGCCUGGGGCCCAGCAAGUGGGGGGACCGGCCUCCCGGAGGAGGCCCCCACGCAGGUCCCGCGCAGGGGCUGCAGCGGCUCCUGGAGCAGGCGAGGAGCCCUGGGGAGCUGGUGCGCUGGCUGGGCCAGAACCCCACCAAGGUGCGCGCCCACCACUACCCAGUGGCGCUGCGUCGUCUGGGCCAGCUCUUGGGGUCUCGGCCACGGCCCCCGCCCGUGGAGCAGACCUCACUGCAGGACUUGAGUCAGCUCAUCAUCCGAAACUGCCCCUCCUUUGAUAUUCACACCAUCCACGUGUGUCUGCACCUUGCAGUCUUACUUGGCUUCCCCUCAGAUGCGCCCCUGGUGUGUGCCCUGGAGCGGGAGCGAAGGUUCCGCCUCCCCCUGAAGCCUCCUCCCCCUCUGCAACCUGUCCUUCGCGGUGGGCAAAGGUUGGAAGCUGCUCUGAGCUGCCCCCACUUUCUGCGGCAUCCACAGCAGCACCUCAUCCGAAGCUUGGCAGAGGCCAGGCCAGAGGAACUGACUCCCCACGUGAUGGUGCGCCUGGCCCAGCACCUGGCCCGACACCGCUUGCGGGAGCCCCAGCUUCUGGAAGCCAUUGCUCAUUUCCUGGUGGUCCAGGAAGCCCAGCUCAGCAGCAAGGUGGUGCAGAAGCUGGUCCUGCCCUUUGGGCGGCUGAACUACUUUCCCCUGGAACAGCAGUUUAUGCCCUGCCUUGAAAGGAUCCUGGCUCGAGAAGCAGGGGCGGCCCCUCUGGCCACUGUCAACAUCUUGAUGUCACUGUGCCAGCUUCGGUGCCUGCCCUCCCGAGCCCUGCAGUUUGUCUUUUCCCCAGGUUUCAUCAGCCACAUCAGUGUCCCCUUGCCUGUAGGCACCCCUCAUGCCCCGAUUGUGCGGCGCUACCUCUCCCUACUGGACACGGCUGUGGAGCUGGAGCUCCCAGGAUACCAGGGUCCCCGCCUUCCCCGAAGACAGAAAGUGCCCAUCUUCCCCCAGCCACUCAUCACUGACCGUGCUCGCUGCAAGUACAGUCACAAGGAUAUAGUGGCCGAGGGGCUGCGCCAGUUGCUGGGGGAGGAGAAAUACCGCCAAGACCUGACUGUGCCUCCAGGUUAUUGCACAGACUUCCUGCUGUGUGUCAGCAGCUCUGGUGCUGUGCUUCCUGUGAGGACCCAGGACCCUUUCUUACCUUACCCUCCCAGGUCCUGUCCGCAGGGCCAGGCUGCCUCUCAGCCCACUACCCAAGACCCUGCCCAGAGGGUGGUGCUGAUGCUGCAGGAACGCUGGCAUUUCUGCCGGGACAGCAGGGUGCUGCUGGGCUCCCGGGCCCUGCGGGAACGGCACCUGGGCCUGUUAGGCUACCAGCUUCUGCCGCUACCCUUUGAGGAACUGGAGUCACAGAGAGGCCUGCACCAGCUCAAGAGCUACCUGAGACAGAAGCUGCAAGCCUUGGGCCUCCGCUGGGGUCCUGAAGGGGGGUGAGGGGAUGCACAUGGGGUUCACGAUGGCUCCCCUAUGGGGGGGUGGACAGUUUGCACUUUGGAUCCCUCUGUUUUUGUUCAUUAAAGUCCCUUCUUCAUUGCA